GCACUACAGACAGCGCCCUCUUGAUCUAGCAAUUUGUAAUGGCGGCCCUGCAAAGAUGAUCGAAGACAGUACAGCAUCUCAGCACGGUGGCCAGCUAGGGCCUGGAUCAGGAGGUAUAGGUAUGGUGACUAAACAACAACAAGAUGUUGAUGGACAACGUCCGCAGUAUUCAAUGCCCGGCAUACUGCAUUUUCUGCAGACCGAGUGGGCAAGAUUCGAGAUGGAGCGAUCACAGUGGGAAGUGGAAAGGGCUGAGUUGCAAGCAAGGAUUGCUUUUCUGCAGGGUGAGCGUAAAGGUCAAGAAAAUUUGAAACAAGACCUUGUUAGGAGGAUAAAGAUGUUGGAAUUUGCUCUGAAACAGGAAAGAGCAAAAUAUCACAAGCUAAAAUAUGGUACUGACCUUAAUCCAGAUGACCUCAAGCCUCCUGUUUUCGACAAAAAAGAGGAGGACCAAGUGGAUGGAGAACUGUCAGUCAGCACAUCUAGCAAUAGUACUUCAUCAUGGAGACAAGGACGCCAGUUGUUAAGACAGUACCUACAAGAAAUAGGAUAUACAGAUACCAUAAUUGAUGUUCGCUCAGCGAGAGUUAGAUCACUGUUGGGACUUCAGCCCAUCUCUGGAGAUAAUGAAACUGAGAGUCAGCCUGCACUGGUCAAUGGCGAACAACAGCCAGGAAAGCGUGAAGGACCAGGCAAGAGGAUUGGUUUGAAGAAGAUACCUGGCACAGGACCAAUAGAUAACGCCCUUUUGGACACUGAAAAUGCUGUCAUGAGCACUUUUGAUUUCUUAGCUGGAGAGAAUGUUGUGGAUGAAGAUGAUGAAAAUCUCAGUGAUGAGAACGAAGAUGGCAUGGCUGCUGAUGAUGAAUCUGAGGAGAGACUAGAGAGAAAAGGCAUAAAAAUCAAGGUGGUUGGCAAUGAAAGUAUGGCUGGUGAAGACUUGCUGGAUGAUCCUGAAACCGAAGAGGCAUUGGCCGAAUUUGACUUCCUCGUCUCAGAGAGCGGUGAGGGGGCGGGGGAGGCCCGCAGUCACGACAGUAGCGAUUGGGAAAAGAAAGACUCAUCUCCCAACGCCGAGUGGAGUGUCGACCAGCGACAUAUAUCUGAGCUUAAAGAACAGUAUAAAAAGGAGAGAAAAGGAAAGAAAAAUAGGCCCACCCGGUCAGCAUUACAGGCCAUGUUAGCUAACCUUGGCUCAGAAGAUGAUCUUCCAGGCCUCCAGGCCAACUCCUCCAGCCCACCACAUGCCAGUGAGAGCGAUGAGUUGGAAUCUGGUAUGCACUCUGGCACAGUUGUUGGUGUGCAGGGUGGAGGUGGAUUGGCAUUCACUGCAGGAUCUCGCAAACCCAUGCUGGGUGGGGCAGAGGAUGAUGAGUUUGAUGGAGCCCUUGGUCUUGGGGAUUUAGCAGGCCUGACAGUGUCAAAUGAGGCUGACCCCACAAACUAUGAUAUUUCAGCACCCAAAGAAGUUUUCAGGAAAACAUGGAAUGCUAAGUACACACUUAGAAGUCAUUUUGAUGGGGUGCGGGCGCUGGCGUUCCACCCUGUAGAGCCUGUGCUUUUAACUGCCUCCGAAGAUAACACGCUUAAAUUGUGGAACCUUCAGAAAACAGUGCCAGCCAAGAAAGCAGCAUCUCUUGAUGUGGAGCCAGUGUACACAUUCCGAGCACAUGUAGGGCCUGUUCUCAGUCUAGCAGUCAGCGCUACAGGGGAACAGUGCUUCAGUGGUGGUGUAGAUGCCACAAUUCGUUGCUGGAACAUUCCAAGUUCCAACAUUGACCCCUAUGAUUCUUUCGAUCCAAGUGUUCUGCAGAGCACCCUAGUAGCUCAUACAGAUGCUGUUUGGGGAUUGUCCAUACACAGCUCGAAAAUGCAGCUGUUAUCUUGUUCUAGUGAUGGCACUGUGCGCCUGUGGAGCCCAGGAGCCAAAUCUCCUCUCCUUAACACAUUCACAGUAGAUACAGAAAGCGGAGUACCUGUAUCAGUAGAUUUUGUGCGUUGUGAUCCAACUCAACUGGUGGCCAGCUACUCAUCCUCCAACACUUACAUCUUUGAUAUGGAAACAGGCAAACAAGUUCUCACCCUAGACACUAGGCAGAAUUGUGACACCAGUGGCAGUAAUCAAAUUAAUCGUGUGAUCAACCAUCCAACCAUGCCGAUAACCAUCACAGCACAUGAAGAUCGUCAUAUUAGAUUCUUUGACAACAACACAGGAAAGAUAAUCCAUGCCAUGGUUGCCCAUUUGGAUUCUGUAACAUGUCUUGCUGUUGAUCCUAAUGGCUUAUAUCUGCUUUCGGGAAGCCAUGAUUGUUCAAUAAGGUUAUGGAACCUAGACAGUAAAACGUGCGUCCAAGAGAUUACAUCGCAUCGCAAGAAAUUUGAUGAGUCAAUACAUGACGUUGCCUUCCAUCCUCAGAAACCAUAUAUAGCAAGUGCAGGAGCAGAUGCAUUGGCCAAGGUUUUUGUAUGACAUACAUAAUGUCUAGAAGAUCCUCCUCUGGUACAGAUGUGAACUCGGCAUCAUUCGUGUGUUGAGAUGACAAGUCUCAGUGGAGCUUCAGUGUGAAACAAGUGACAGGGUUGUGUUUCAAAUCUCUUGGUCAUCUUCACUCUUCCCCUCCCUUGUUUUUUCCCAACCUUCAACCCAUUGCCCCUGGAUGUCCCUUCUUCACUCCCUCCCUUUGUGGACUCUUUUUCAUUUAACCAUAUUUUCAGCAAAGGGAUCAUCACUUAAGCCAGACAGGGCUACAAUUAGAAAGAUGAGUUUGUGCUUCAACAGCUACAACAGUUUCGGCUGUAGGACAAGACCAGGUCAAGGUUAAUGAUAUCUUCAUGUGGUGUGGGAUAUAAAAGCCUGUGUGACCUUUGCUGUAGUUGGAAAGGUGUUAAAGAUGGGUGUAUGUUAAGGGUACUGUGUGGUGGAGGUUGCAGGUUUGACAGGAAGGGAGAUAGAGAGGUCAUGGAGGCAAGCAAAGGGGAGGAAGUGUAGAAAUUGUGUAGAAGGAAGGAAUUGCACUUUGUUUUAUUUGUACUAGUGGGCAGCAGUCAGGAGUUUGUGAAUGGACAGCAUUGUAACUUUUAUUGGAAAACCUUAUUGUGUAGAAAGCUUGUAAACAUUUGGUCUUUGCUUUCUUGGGGUUUUUUUUUUUUUUGUUUGUUUUGUUUUGGGUGGGGUCUCAAUUUUUGGGACAGUUUAUACUUAAGUUGCCUUCAGCUGCUUUUGAGGGGUUUACUAACACUGUACUUGAGGAGAGGUGUGGAUAGGGGACAGACUGAGAGAGACAAACCUCUGUGCUUCUGAUAGAAGAAGUGGGCCUGCUAAAAAUGUAAGGGAUGGGGUUUUGAAGUUUUUAUUUUUAAGCAAACAGUAACUACUACUUUGCAGACUGCAGCCCUUUACAUUUGCAAAAACUCAGUGUUUAGGAAUAUAUUGAGACAGUUAAAGUUCUCAUUUCUGUAACAUGACCCUGACAUGGAGCAUUCAUUUAUAAGCUUUUAUGUUAUACUGAAUGUCCAUAUUGCACCAUGCUCCAUUUUUCAGUAGUACCAGAGGCAUGCAGACUGUCAUAAGGGGUAAAUGUUCUUUUCCCUGGGAAAAAACCUCAUAAAUAUGAGAGUGAAAAACCUAGAAACCCUGUCCUUGGACUACUGCACUUAACUCCAGAUCCUAUCCCCAACCGCAAAUGCCUCGCUCCACGAAAGGUCCAUUGUGGGUUGUGAAUGUUGGUGUAGACAAUUGAAGGUUUGCAUUUUCAUACUGUUGACAAUGCUGUCAUCAUAUAUUGUGGGGUGUUCCAUUAUAGUAGAUGUCAGCUUAAGGCAUAUGGACAAGGGUUUGAUAUUUCACGUUUAAGAAACCUUCAUAAUGUGUGUAUUGAAAAAUGAGGGCACAUAGAUUAUAGCAUUGUCAGUUGGUAUUUAUGUAUUACAAUUUAAUGGUUAUGUUUGAUGUACAAUCAGUUUUGGGGGUUUCUUUUUGACAUUUCUUUCCUCAUCACCUAACCUUUAAAAAAGAGAACAAAUGGUAAUUACUGGAAUCAUGGAAUGCCAGUUAUUAUUUUAUGGGGAUUUUAUGUGAGUAGAAUGUAUUGUCAGUAGACACGUAAAGCAUGCAAGGGAUGUGAUGGGUCUCUUGUCUGUCAGGAAUUUGUUCAAGAUUCAUUUUUCAUUUGCAGUGCUAUAAUAAGUAUUCUAAUGCAUACAGUUUGGAUAAGACAAAGUGUAAGUGAAGUGCAGGACAGUAGGCAGCUCACUGGGAGGAUAUUCUGAAAGGGCUAUUGCAGUAGUUAGUGACAGAUUCUCCAAAAAGAGGAAACCUUUUUUUUUUUACUUAUUUUAUUGGACUGGGUGUAAAAUGGUUUUUGAGCUAAGCAGGGAAACAAACUUCAGACGAAAGAUUACCCGAGGAGGAGAUUGUAGGGAAGGUAAAGAUGUCCACAGGAUGAAUGACACAAUGAGGAAGGAUAUGGCGUACGUAAUCGGUUAACUAUGCUGUGAUGUGCAAAAAAAAUAUCACUACAAAAUAAUCACGAUGAACUAGAAUUUUUAAACUGGAAAGUUUGGUGAGUCUGUAAGUGUGAGUGGUUUCCUUAGAAUAAUGUGUACUGUAAGAAAAUUAACAUCAUUGUUAAUGAAGGGACAGGCAUCUACUGUUGGUGCUUGUCACAUUUUAUACCUAAGCCAAUGUUCAAACUGUGUGUAUGGCCAGCUUUUGCAUGCUUGCUUGUUUGGGAAUCAGUACUCUGUGUGCAAGUGUGUGUGUUGAUGGUAAUAUGUUCAUGUCUGUGCACAUGAAAGAGUAACAAAGCAUACUAUUGAAAAUUUUAGGGGUGCAGUUUGCCAAGUGUCUUUUCCUUUUGCUUGAUGUACAGAACAUGAUUGACCUUUAGCACAGAUGGUGACAUGUACAAAUGAUGUAUGCCAACUUUGUAAGUAAGCUGUAUCAAAGUAACCUGUAAGUAUCUUUAUAAGUUUAUUUCAGCAUUGGUAGCCAGGUAGAUUUGCUGUAAAGUAUCCUUGUAUGCUUCAGUAUUGAUAGCUAGUUUGUGUAAUGUGCGAAGUGAACAAAGAUUUUAAAUGAAAUAAAGAUAAAUGCCACAUUUGUUAACAUCUGUCUUGUGUAAAUAGGCAUGAAUUGUUUACUUGUGCUUUUCAUUUUCAGACUUGGGAUCUUGAUGAACAGUGCUCUGUUGAUGUCUAGUGUGUUAGCAGAAUGCUUUCUUUGUAAAGUUUCCCUUUUCAGACUAUAUAUUUGCCUAGUCAUGUUGGUGUGAGAGUCGGUCUUAUACAGUACACACAUCUUGGUUUAUCAUUUUGGACCCAGGACUUGUUUCCUGUCAAGCUGAAAGCUCAUUGUGAAAAAGGUGCAUGGUUACAUUUAGUUGAGGUUUGUCCAGACUACCAAAAAUUUUGUUUCUUCAGUAAUAGGUCAGCAUAGGAUGUUACAAAGGAAAGUAUCAGCACAUUUCUAUUUUACUUUGACAGUACCUAAGAAGCCAGUUGUUCUGCUCUUCUAGGAGGCAUUGUUUUCACUAGUCCCUGCAUACAGAUUACAUCUGUCAGUAAUAGAAGGCCAAUUUGAAACAAUCCUAGAAUGCUGUUACCAUAGAUGGUUGGCUUGUGUAGCUUGGGUUCUUUUGAUGUCUGAAUGAAUUCUCUUGCAUGUUGUGUUCUUGUGGCUAUGGCCGUUCAGCACCUUUUGGCUUGUCAAAGAAUGGAAGUGUACAUCGUUUCUUCUCAUGCUAGUGUAAUGAUCAUCUGUGCUGUAUGCCAAAUGUCAGCAGCCACAAAUGAUUGUUCAGUCCCUUGUAGAGAUUCAUAACCCAGCACCUUAUGUGUCAUGUAACAUUUGUUUGUAUUUAUUGUGGUGUUAAACUCAAGACUGUAUGAUGCUCCGGCUAGGUGGUGAAACAAGACGGCAUCAACCUCCUCACUGCUCAGCAUGUGCUUAGUUUGUAUCAGCUGACCUAAUUGGCCAGUUUGCAUUUUUGUUUCCCAGUAAGAUGCACAAUAUCCAGGUUUUCUCAUCUUUUAGGACCCUAAAUAGAAUGACUUUUGAAUGUCAGUUGGAAUGACCCUCUUGCAGAUGAUGCCUUCUCCAUUGGUCCGUGUCUGGUGAACACUUGCUGCACAGAUCCUCCUUCUCCCAAAAGAGGAACAUCUGCCCGGAAAAACUUACAUAUUUUUGAAUAUAUGUUGAGCACUAGUGAUACUGCAUCAUAAAAUGAUCAUGAUGUAAGCAGUCUAUUCUUUUAACAUGAAAUGUUACAUUUUAUUUAAGACGAGAUUACCAGGUACAAUAAAAUACUUAAAGUAUA